GCACUCACACCCACCCGCACGCCCCUCGCACCAUUGUCCCUGCCCGCCCGCCCCGCUUUAUCGGGGUGUUUUGUUCGCUCCCCGGCGCGGAGCUCUCCGCGCCCGCCCGCGCCGCGCCGGAGCGGCACAUUCAUUAUCGGCCGGGGGCUGAUUUCAAACCGCUGCCAUCGCGGCUCCAUUGUUCGCUGGGCGGCCAGGCCCCGCCCCCCUUUGUGUGGCGCGGCGGCGAUUGGCCGGCGCCGGGCGGAGGGCUGCCGUCACCGCUCGGGAAGCCCAUUCAUCUGUGCACUUGGGCGUUGGACUCCGCAUCUUAUUAGCAACCAGGGAGAUUUCUCCAUUUUCUCCUUGUCUACAUAUUUAUACCAACCCAACGCUCUUUGUUUCCCCUCCUUUUGGAUCUGUUGAGUUUCUUUGUUGAAUAAGACAGCAUGGGUGCCCAGUUCUCCAAGACCGCUGCAAAGGGCGAAGCCUCCGCCGAGAAACCUGGGGAAGCAGUGGCUGCAUCUCCAUCCAAGGCGAAUGGACAGGAAAACGGCCACGUGAAGGUGAACGGCGACGCCUCCCCCGCGGCGGCGGAGGCGGGCAAGGAGGAGGUGCAGGCCAACGGCAGCGCGCCCGCCGAGGAGACGGGCAAGGAGGAGGCGGCCUCGUCGGAGCCCGCCUCCGAGAAGGAGGCGGCCGAGGCGGAGAGCACCGAGCCGGCCUCCCCGGCGGAGGGCGAGGCCUCUCCCAAGACCGAGGAGGGCGCGACCCCCUCGUCCAGCAGCGAGACCCCGAAAAAAAAAAAGAAGCGCUUUUCCUUCAAGAAGUCCUUUAAGCUCAGCGGCUUCUCCUUCAAGAAGAACAAGAAGGAGGCCGGCGAGGGGGCCGAGGGCGAGGGCGGCGCGGCCGCCGCGGCGGAGGGCGGGAAGGAGGAGGCGGCGGCCCCCGAGGCGGCGGGCAGCGAGGAGGGCAAGGCCGCCGCCGAGGAGGCCUGCGCGGCCGCCGCCGGCAGCGCCGAGGCGGCGAAGGAGGAGGCGGGGGACUCGCAGGAGGCCAAAUCGGACGAGGCCGCCCCCGAGAAGGCGGCGGGAGAAGAGGCGCCGGCGGCGGCGGAGGAGCAGCAGCCGCCGCAGCAGCAGCAGCAGGCGGAGGGGGAGGCGGCGGCGGGCGCCGGCGCCGCCACGAGCGAGGCGGGCAGCGGCGAGCAGGAGGCGGCCCCCGCGGAGGAGCCGGCGCCGGCGCGGCAGGAGCCCCCCGCCGAGAGCAGUCCGGAGGGACCCGCCGCCGAGUCGGCGGAGUAAGCGCCGCCGCCGCCCCUCGCCGACGGACUUUUCUUCCCCCCUGUUUGUUUGUUGGAGUGGUGCCAGGUACUGGUCUCGGAGAACUUGUCUACAACCAGGGAUUGAUUUAAAAGAUGUCCCGUUUCUUUUUUUUCUCUCCCCCCGCAGCUCCCAUCUCAAAUCGUUGUGUGUUGCCGCCAUUCCAACGGGCGGAGGGGGGCCCCCCUCCGCCCUCCUGUCCCACCCUCUAUAUUUUGUUUUUUUGUUGAUUUUUUUUUUUUCAUCAGUAUUAAUGUUCUCUUUUGGUUGGUUCGGGUUUUUUUUUGGUUUUGUUUUUUUGAUUUUGGUUUGGUUUUGGUUUUUUUUUUUCCUCCGUACUUUGCAGCUCUCUUCAUAUUAUAAAACUUUUCCCGAUCGGUCUAUGGACAUGCCCAUAUAUGAAGGAGAUGGGUGGGUCAAUAAGGGAUAUCAAAUGAAGUGACAGGGGCCGCAGUGGGGAACACGGGGCGCGUAGCCCUUGCCGGGAGCGCGCCCCGCCAGAAAUGAUGUAAGGGGUUAGUCUUUUUUUUAAAAGAAAGUUAUUACGAUGUAUUUUGUGAGGCAGAUGUUCUAUAAGGUUUACAACACUACAAGUCUUGAUUAAGAAGGAAAGGAAAAAGGAAAAAAAAAUAAAAAUAAAAAUCAAUACCCAGAUAAAGAGAUCAUAGUCUUAGGAAUUCAUUUAAACCAUAGGAACUUUUCACUUAUCUCAUGUUAGCUGUAUCAGUCAGUGAUUAAGUAGAAAUACAAGUUGUAUAGGCUUUAUUGUUUAUUGCUGGUUUAUGACCUUAAUAAAGUGUAAUUAUGUAUUACCAGCAGGGUGUUUUUAACUGUGACUAUUGUAUAAAAAAAACAAACAAAUCUUGAUAUCCAGAAGCACAUGAAGUUUGCAACUCUUUCCACCCUGCCCAUUUUUGUAAAACUGCAGUCAUCUUGGACCUUUUAAACACAAAUUUUAAACUCAACCAAGCUGUGAUAAGUGGAAUGGUUACUGUUUAUACUGUGGUAUGUUUUUGAUUACAGCAAACAAUGCUUUCUUUUCCAGUUGUCUUUGAAAAUAAAGGAAAACUCUUCAGAUGCAAUGGUUUUUUUGUGUAGCAUCUUGUCUAUCAUGUUUUUGUAAAUACUGGAGAAGCUUUGACCAAUUUGACUUAGAGAUGGAAUGUAACUUUGCUUACAAAAAUUGCUAUUAAACUCCUGCUUAAGGUGUUCUAAUUUUCUGUGAGCACACUAAAAGCGAAAAAUAAAUGUGAAUAAAAUGUAUAA